AUGGUGGUCAAGAUCAGACUCGCGCGCUUCGGGCGCACCAAUCACCCCUUCUACAACAUCGUCGUCGCCCACGCCCGAACUGCGCGCAACAGCCGACCUCUAGAAGUCAUCGGCACAUAUGACCCCAUUCCCAAGAAGGACCCCUACGACGACUCGGGGCGGCUGCACAAGGACAUCAAGCUGGACAUAACAAGGGCAAAGUACUGGAUCGGCGUGGGCGCGCAGCCGACAGAUACCAUGUGGAGGUUAUUAUCAAUGGUCGGCAUCCUACCGCCCAAGUACCGACCCGCGGCACCGGCACCGAGCCAGAACACACAAAGCACCCCACAAGCGAGUAGGAGCCAGGCCUGA